AGCGGAGUCGGGUAUUGAAAUAUUGAACACCCAUUACUGUGAGCAAAGCAACGGGAUUUCGGGGUUAGAAAAGAAAAACGAAGCAAAAUAAGACCGACGAGAACCCUAAACAUACCCUCUUCUCCCAGUAGCGGUUCUUUGUUCCCUUCGUCCUACGCAACGCAUUCCCCUUCGCUGUCGUCGUCUCCUUCCGGUCGCCGGCGUUGCCUCCGUUCCGAACGCUGCCUCUUAGAGAAGCUUCCAGAGUGUGCAGAGAAGGAGCAAGAUGAUUAUCCCAGUCCGUUGCUUCACCUGUGGAAAGGUUAUCGGAAACAAAUGGGAUGCAUAUUUGGACCUUCUUCAGUCAGAUUACUCUGAAGGAGAUGCGCUGGAUGCUUUGGGGCUGGUUCGUUAUUGUUGUAGGCGUAUGCUUAUGACGCAUGUUGACUUAAUUGAGAAGCUCCUGAAUUACAACACUCUUGACAAGUCUGAUCCCAGUUAAAAAAGAUGUAUGGAAUUGGGUGCGCAUGUCAUUCUUCCGAAUCACAUGUCUAUUAUUUUAGAUUUUACUUCUUGAACAUAUCUGUUCUUUCUUUUUGUUGUUGUCGCUGGCAUAUAAACUUCUCUGUAGAUUGCAGUGGCCUAAAGUUCUAUGCCUCUUUUGCAGACUAGCUUAAGUGCUUUUUUGUUUCA